UCCCAAACACAUUCAUUUAAAAACAUUCAAAUUCCCCUUGUUUUAAAGGGAUAUUUGAAAAAUAAUCUAAAUUUCCUCUCGGUUUAAAACUAAAUAUGUAUAAAUACAAGUAAGAAAAUAUUAAAAUUGCUCCCUUACAACUCGCGACGCCACAAAUCAACAUUGUAAUAGAAUAACAAAACAAUAACGAUUUGAUGGCAGCCUUCUGUCCUUCAAUGCCAAAUCGUCAGCUCUUUCACUCUUUCCUAUGGGUGAUCCGGAUCGUGAAAGGACGAGGCUAUUACUGAAAGGAAGUAGGAAGGAGGUCAGUAUAGCUUUUGGUACCAUAACGGGACUCAUAGGACUACGGAAUCACUUAUGCAAAAUCGGUGCGAAAGGCAACAUCAAUUCAAGUAAUGCAGAAAAAACGAAUUCGGCUCACAAGAGAAAAUGUGUUUGAACUUUCUACGCAUGAUCUCUUAUGGAUACGAAUAGAAGAAGAUUAAAAAUGGAAAAAUAUAUAUCAAUUGAACAAAAUCACAGUGAAACAAAACGGAGAAUUGCAAAGGAUAAAACUAAAACAUAUAAAAAACUCUUUCGAAAAGUGGUGGCAACCAGAAUGAUAAAAUAGUGACUUUAAAUAAGUGCCAAUAAUAGGAAAAAUGGAUCCAGCUAAUUUCGGUGGUGAUAAUUCCGGCACACAAAAUAUCCUUCCUGAAAAUUCCUUACAAAUGUAUCACUGUUACAACCAGCCACAGUUGUUGUCUGGAAUCACUACAAACAAUUAUGCCUUGUUUUCAAAUACCUCUAAGAGCUUGAGAACUGUAGUAGAAAAAAUUCAAGAAAGUAAUUCGGAAUCUGCCUUAAAACAUUCCGGGGAUUUGCAAAUAUGCAACAUUCCCAAUGUAACAUCAGAUAUAAACUGCUGUCAGCCUUUAGGCUCCCCCAAAAAUGAAGAGUGUCUUACAUCGGGCGAUGUUAGCAACGUACCAUCAUAUGCUACGUUAACACCGCUGACGCCUCUACCACCCAUAUCAACCAUGUCGGAGAAAUUCUUAUAUGGAAAUCAUUUGAACGAUGCCUGUGUUGUUGAUACUUCAAGCAUUGACAAUAUCAAUAACGAUAUUAUCGUUAACAGGACUCGCAGUGAUCCCACAAUAAGAAAAAAUGCAUAUCUUUUGACAAAAACCGUGCACCAUACGAUAUUUCCGCCGCAAAAACAGGCAGAUCGCUCGUCAGACUAUCAGGUGCACACGAAUUCGGAGAAUUCACAGAGUUUUAAUGAGUUAGUGGAUCCCGAAUAUUCUUCACAGGAAAAACUUCGUACCACAAAUAGUGAAAAAGCCAUCAUUUCGGAUACGCUACGGAUUUUAGAGUUGAAUGAACUUGUAACUGUGCAGUCAUGCAAGAGCAAAAAAUAUGAUAACAACUUCAUUCAGAAUAACUCGGUAAUAUCCGUGCCUUCAUUUAACAAGAUAGAUGUUCGUGUUAUGGAAGAGAAGAUAUUUAUUCCUGACAAAGAUACAUGUUUCGAUGACGAAAAGGGGGAGGACGAUUCUUAUAACGUUAAAAAACAUUCAAAUGAUGACUGUACCAAUUCAGCACUCUCCCAGAAAUAUAGUCUUGGAAAGACCAAUAACGACCCAAUGAUGCCGAUAGCAAACUCAAAGGAUGAAACAUUAACGAUACCGAAGCUUGAAGAGGAAAUCUCACUAAAUGCAAGGAACCUGUCUUCGGCAAAUGAACCCAAAUUCGACAUAGGUGAGCACGUUGUUGCGUGCCCUUACUCGGAUCAACAAACAACUCGAAACUCACAAAAGCAGCAGGAGAAUUUCAAAAUAUUUACCACGUGCAAAGAAAGCCGUAAAAAGUUUGACUAUUCGCAACAGCGUUCUACCCAAAAACCAAGUUGUAACAUAAAGACUGAAGGCGUAAGGGUCUCCUUAUCGUGUAGGAAUGAUGUUGAGGAAAUAGAAGAAAUUAACACAAAGGACUUAGCGCAGCGGAUUUCAUCUGAGCUCAAACGUUACAGCAUACCCCAAGCAAUAUUUGCACAAAGAGUUCUAUGUCGUUCCCAAGGCACAUUAUCCGAUCUUUUGAGGAAUCCAAAGCCUUGGUCAAAGCUUAAAUCUGGCCGCGAAACAUUUCGACGAAUGCUAAAAUGGCUCCAAGAACCCGAGUUUCAGCGUAUGUCUGCAUUACGCAUUGCAGCGGCUCAAGAUCAUAAAACCGGGGCGACUUCUAACUCUAUGCACGACUGUAACGAUAUUACGGAUUUUUUCUUUUCAGAUGACCUUACCUGCUCCAGCGGAAUGCAUACUUCGAAAGGUAUUAACAUGAUUGACCCUACUGUUCAAGCAAAGAAAUCUCGGCUAGUUUUUACAGACUUACAAAGACGUACCCUACAAGCAAUUUUUAAAGAAACUAAACGGCCAUCGAAGGAGAUGCAAGUAACUAUAGCCCGACAACUUGGUUUAGAACCAACUACAAUUGGAAACUUUUUUAUGAAUGCUCGACGCCGCUCAAUGGAUAAGUGGGUUGACGACGUUUUUAAAAUCAACAAUAACUCUGGUGAAAAGCUGUUUUAAUAUUAAAUUGCUAUUGAAGAAUA